AUGGAGUUGGAACAUAUUACUCCAUCAAAUGGCGAGAAUGCACCCCACACUCACAGUAGUGAGCAACAAGAUGCUCCGCCAGGGGCCAAAACAACAGAUAGCGAGAUUGUGGAACUCUCAACAUGGAAGUUUUGUACUAUUGUGGUUUCAUUGUGCUCGGCAUGCUUCUUAGCAGGCUAUGAUUCGACAUGUGUUGGCACGCUUGGGCCCACUAUCAGCGAUGAAUUCAACUCUCUUAACGACGUUAGCUGGUACGGAAUCGCAUACUCUCUCGCAUCCUGUGCGACAAUCCUCAGUUAUGGGAAGUUCUAUUCCUUCUACUCUGCGAGGAUUGUAUUUGCGUCUGCUUUGGCAGUCUUCGUCAUUGGCUCCAUCAUCUGUGCUACGGCGCAGUCCUCGAUCGCCUUCAUUGUAGGAAGGGCAGUGGCUGGACUGGGUAAUGCAGGAAUCUUCUCCGGCUGCAAUAUCAUUGCCACCAGAAUCAUUCCUCUGCGGUGGAGACCAUUCUACCAGAGCUUCAUCGGAAGCAUGGAAUGUAUUGCACUAGCGACUGCGCCUUUGAUUGCGGGUGCUAUUGCUGAUGUCACUUCCUGGCGAGUUUGUUUCUGGAUUAGUGUUCCUCUAGGAAGCAUUCCGAUCAUCUCGGUACUGGUGUUCCUUCGGUUGCCAGAAACGGAUAAGCAGGGGGCGAGUUCGUCUCUUUCCAAGCUACGACAACUCGAUCCCGUAGGAAUGGCAUUGUUUGUCCCAUUGAUCAUCUGCUUCACACUAGCACUUCAGACGGGCGGGACAGAAUACCCAUGGAACAGCAAGCAGGUAAUCUUACCACUGGCCAUGACAGGAGCCCUUUUAGUAGCCUUUGGAGUGCAGCAGGCGUAUAUGCAAGAACAGGCGACACUCCCUGCUAGACUACUCAAGUCCCGCAUAAUGCUGUCAAGUAUCGCAGUCAGUUUUGCCUGCUCAGGCGCACUCUAUGUUUUCACAUACUAUCUCCCCAUUUAUUAUCAGGCGAUUCGUGACGUUUCAACGAUGGAGUCGGGGGUGAGGGAUCUUUCCCGAAUUCUCGGUCUUGCCAUUGCCAUCGUUUUUGCGGGCGCAAUGACAACUGUAACAGGAUACUACUUGCCGUACAUGGUCCUCGGGGGUAUCCUGAUGUCCAUCGGUGCCGGUCUAACGACCACAUUCAACACGACCACAUCUCUCGUCCAUAUCAUUUUAUUCCAAGCUAUCUUCGGCCUUGGGUGUGGUUUCGCCUGGCAGCAACCUUAUAUAGCAGUCCAGGCCUCCACACCUGCAUCUGAUGUGCCGUCUGCGAUCGUGGUACUCACUUUUGGGCAGCUUCUUGGAGGCGUGGUCAUGCUCGCUAUUUCCCAGAACGUGUUUGCCAUAGAGCUGGUUUCUGGUCUUGCCACCAAAGUCCCAGGGCUUGAUGCUAGCCUCGUUUUAAACUCCGGUGCAUUGAGCCUGAGAAAGGUCAUUCCCUCCGAGUAUCUCGUGGAAGCAUUGGUAGUGUACAAUGAUGCUCUUGUAAAGGUAUUUUAUACCGGCAUGGCGAUAGCUUGUGUCACCACUUUUGGUGCAUUGGGAUCUGGAUGGAGAUCAGUGAAGCAGGCCGAUAAAACUAGAUAA